CCUUCAUCCUCUGACGGGCCAGCCCUCCUCCGUCCCGCCCUCAGCCCUGCUCCGCUCCGGCAGCAUCCAUCUCAGCACCGGGACACACACAAACACACACGGAAAGAGGCUGCGGGGAAAGAGAACAGGCGACAGAACAGUAGGAAGGAGGGAAAAAAUCACACAAGCUGCUGAUGCCCCACAUUGUGAAGGCGGUGCGUGUUAAACAACGCCACCAACAACCGUCUGUCCUUCAUUAUUUGAAGUGGACCCCACAGCGGUGAUACUCCGGAGGUCCGACUCGGCUGUUUGAGUGAUGCGCCCUGCAGGACUGUGUGAACUAUAACAUGGUUUGAUCUUCGCUGUGGAUACAUCCGAUCGCUGUUGUUGAUGACAAAGGGGGAGAAUGAAGUUUGCGGUUGCGGUGUUGUGGUUCUCCCUGGUUCUCGGGAAGGCUACUAUGCAAGCUCAGGAAGACUUUGUGUCGCUGGCCGAGAUGGAGGACUCCUUGUUGAGGAACCUUUUCAGGGGUUACCAGAAGUGGGUGCGGCCUGUCCUGCACUCCAACGACACUAUCACUGUAUGCUUUGGACUCAAGAUCUCACAACUGGUUGAUGUGGAUGAAAAGAACCAACUGAUGACUACAAAUGUCUGGCUCUGGCAGGAGUGGAUUGAUGUGAAGCUGAAGUGGAACCCAGAUGACUAUGGAGGUAUUACCUCCAUCAGAGUGCCUUCAGAGACUAUAUGGCUACCUGACAUCGUCCUGUAUGAAAAUGCGGACGGUCGCUUCGAGGGUUCCCUGAUGACCAAAGCCAUUGUGCGCUGGGAUGGUACCAUAACAUGGACUCCCCCCGCCAGCUACAAGUCCUCCUGCACCAUGGAUGUCACCUUCUUCCCCUUCGACCGACAGAACUGCUCCAUGAAGUUUGGCUCCUGGACUUACGAUGGACACAUGGUGGACCUGGUCCUGGUGGAUCACUACGUGGACCGUAAAGACUUCUUCGAUAACGGCGAGUGGGAGAUCCUUAAUGCCACAGGAGUAAGGGGAAGCAGAAUAGAUGGGGUGUACUGGUACCCAUUUGUCACCUACUCCUUCAUCCUCAAGAGAUUGCCCUUGUUCUACACCCUCUUCCUCAUCAUCCCAUGCCUCGGCCUCUCCUUUCUGACUGUGCUGGUGUUUUAUUUACCAUCAGACGAAGGAGAGAAACUGUCACUUUCCACGUCAGUGCUGGUGUCGCUCACUGUGUUCCUCUUGGUCAUAGAAGAAAUAAUCCCUUCAUCCUCGAAGGUGAUCCCACUGAUCGGAGAAUACCUUCUCUUCAUCAUGAUCUUUGUCACUUUCUCCAUCAUCGUCACCGUCUUUGUCAUCAACGUCCACCACCGUUCCUCUGCUUCUUACCACCCCAUGGCCCCCUGGGUAAAGAGCCUCUUCCUUCAGAGACUGCCCAGACUGCUGUGUAUGAGAGGGCACACUGACAGAUACCACUUUCCAGAUAUGGAGAUGCGCAGCCCGGAGCUGAAGGCCCGUAAAGGUCUGGGGAGGAGGGGGGCUCCUGGCCAGCAAAGAGGCCCCCUUGCAGGGAAAGAGGACGAGAACCUAGCCUGGCUGGCCAUGCUGGAGAAAGCAACCAGUUCUGUUCGCUACAUCAGCCGUCACAUCAAAAAGGAGCACUUCAUACGGGAGGUUGUUCAAGACUGGAAGUUCGUGGCUCAGGUGUUGGACAGGAUUUUCCUGUGGGCUUUUCUUACAGUGGCAAUACUUGGAACAGUCCUGAUCUUCACCCCUGCUCUGCAGAUGUACUUCAGCACACCUUGAUGCACACACACAAACUCACAAAUCAAACAGCACAUUCUUGUUUUCCAGUUUGUCCGGUCUGACUGUUACUUAUUGAUAAAGC